AUUCAUACUGGUCAUGGAUUAUAUUUAAGACAGACAUGUUAUGUUGUGCAAGGAAGGACACAUGGUUAGAGGGCUGUAGUUCAGCAGGACUGGUCUGAUUACACGCCAAUAACAGCAUCAGAAUUCCAUUUUUUUGUUAUUUGGGUCUGCCCUCGUCCGGAUAUGUCGUCCAUUUCUGCUGCUAGCGUUGAAAGCACCCCUGCUAUUGACGGAGCGGAAAAGAAACCACUCAAGGCAUGCUGUGCGUGCCCGGAGACCAAGAAAGUAAGGGACGCAUGCAUCAUUGAGAAGGGCGAGGAAAGUUGCACAGGUCUCAUCGAAGCUCACAAGGAAUGCAUGAGGGCGCUUGGGUUUAAGAUUUGAUCACUCUUCUUGAUUUUAGUGGCAGUGUGUUGUCUGGCUUACUGCCUGGAAGAGGACCUGGGCUUUAUUUAUACUUCAUCUUCAAGGAAAGCGAUUAUUGACUAACCCUUAACUUCUGUCUUAAUGCUCUGUGAAAAUUGUGAAUCUUUUGCUCCGUGAACAAAUGUGAAAUAAACAUCCUAUGCAAUA